AGCGGCACAAUAUGGGCAAACAGAAAGACUCACAGAAAGUUGGCGUCAAAAGUUGUGACCCUGGCUUGUAUAUGGUAGUAGCUCUAAAGUACAAAGAACUACUAGGCGACACAUUAGUAGCUCUCACGAACAAAUUUUCAUUGGCGAGUGUUUCUGUUUCAUAGUUUCGAAAAAAAAUUGAAUUUCGCUCCGCAGUCUGGGACACGCGCGUCAGCAUCAGCCCAAAUAUAGUAGGUUGUAGCAGCUCUGAAUUUGCAAAAAGUUUAAACUCGAUUACCCCUCGGAUUAUGUAAGGCCUGCUGAAAAAAUAAAAAUUCGGAAAAAAGUGAAUUUUUUUAAAUAACAAGUGCGCGGCACCAUACGCAACAUACAAGUGAAAUAAGUUCUUUCUCACAUAGCAUUCAGAAACAAUGGGCGGUACAGUGGAACCACACGUGUUUGCGGAGCCCCAUGAAGGGCACUUCUGGAGCGCGUUUCUGCAUUCAUUAGUAAUGGUUGGGGCAACGGAAAUCGGCGAUCGCACGUUUUUUAUCGCCGCAAUUCUGUCAAUAUCAAAGAAGGCCAUACACGUGUUCGCAGGCUGCUGGGGAGCGCUUGCUACUAUGACGAUACUAUCAGGUACAGGUUGUGUAAUUUGUACGAUUUCGAGUCGUUUCGUUUCCGUAUGUACUAUCUGAAAUUUCUAGAUGCUACGUGCUGCCUGGUGCUAAAGUUUUUUGCUCUAUUUCGACGAAAGUCACGGCCAUUCAUCCGAAUGCUACGUACAUUCAUCCGGAAGAUCAAAAGAACGCCAUUACACUCCACGACAGCUGCCAUCGGGCUUCUGGUACCUACCCUACUUUCUCCAACACUAUCACACUGGGGCGCGAUACUACUCUUCGUUUUUUUUGGCGGGAGCGCCAUAAAGGAUGCCUUGGACAUGUAUGCGAAGGGCGAGGGUGUGGGAGUUUCGGAGGAAUUGGCAGAGACCGAAAAGGAACUUAAGGAGGACAAGACACUCAAGCAGGUAAGAAAUACUAGUUGGUUUGGCGUAUCUUGGUUUGUGUUCUGCGAGCAAAGAUCGUUUCAAGGACCGACGCUCUUUCCUUCUACUUGUCGGGUUUGCGAUGCUUUACUAGUGUUGUUGUUGAAUUGAUCUGCAAAUCUCAACACAGAAAAAAAGCGUCUUGCAAGUAGUGGGUGCAAUAUUCGCGAUGACUUUUCUAGCGGAGUGGGGUGACAAAUCGCAAGUAUCAACCGUCGCCAUGGGCGCGGCUCGCGACUUCGGGGGCAUCGUCGUUGGAGCGGUACUGAAUUUGUUGUCCUGGAAGUCUACUUGUUUUUGUUGAAACAGAUUUUGCACCUGCUCGAUGUCUUUCACCCAAAAGAACUACGUCUAUUGUUGUCUGGGUGUGCUGCUAAUUGGAAGAAUCUAAUUUUCAUCAGAUACUCGGCCACGCGGUCUGCACCUCCGUUGCAAUAGCGGGGGGAAAAAUGCUCGCAAAGCACAUCUCGGAGCGACAAGUCACGCUGGGCAGUGGGUUCGUGUUUCUGGGGUUUGCGCUCUACGCAGUAUGGUACGGCCCAGAGGAGUGACUGCGCAGAGGGGUCUUCGCGCUUUUGGAAGGCGACGAUGACCCUCCGAUUCUCCAUACUUGAAUUAAAGCACUUGUCGUUCUCGAAAGCGAUGAAUGCCGCAGCGGAUGUUUUAGUUCUUCCUGGCUGUUGUGCCUACAGUUCUUCUGGGGUUUGUUAUUUUCCUUCAUUUCCACCAAAAUGAAUCUGUAAUCUCUAUAUCACAAAAAACCGCUCUGAAUGAAUGUUUUUCCCUCUAUCUAAACAGCGACGCCUCAAAUGAACAAGUGACUGAGUUCGCGGAAGGAAACGAAGC